AUGUCAGAAUAACAUCUUUUUAUAACUGAAAAUAAACAUAUAUUACCUACUCUAGAAAAAAUCCACCCUGAUCAAGCCAAGAAUAUGUAGGAACUUUGUAAAGAAAUGGAAGGACUAAUUGAUUAAACAAAUACAAAUGUUAACCAAAUGUUAAAGUCUUAAUAAAACAGCAUUUUAAAUGCUUUUAAAUAGGUAUUGGAAAAUAUGAAGAAAGACAUAGAUAGAAUAAAUGAAAAGUUUCAUUAAUAUGUUGCAUUUCAUGAAUAAGAAUCUCAAGUAUGUGAAUCAUAUUUAACCAUAAAAGGUAGUAAGUGCAUAAAAUAAAAUGGUAUUUUUUAGAUAAGAGUGUCAUACUUUAAAUGAAUAAUGUAAAUAAUUGAAGCAUAAUGUUCAAACACUUGCAAAAGCAAAUUAAUUUUUAGAAAAUGUAUUUUAUUUAAGUUUAAUAUUAGGAAUUGAUGUUUACCAAAGAAGCUCUAUUAAAGUAAGUCUAGAAAAAUGAGAAACUCAAAUAAACAAUUAAAAGAUUCAAAGAAUAAUUGAAUGAAUAUUCAGGUCUGAAAAACUAAAACCUUAAAAUAUAACCAACUGAACCAAAGAUUUUCUAAGACUAUUAAUAGCAUAUCUAAACAAGUGUAAAAAGAGGUAGAUAAGAUUCUUCUCAUAAUAAGAAUACUUCAUUUAAUUCAAUAACUAAUUCAGACACUAAAUCAAAAUUUAUAUUUUCUUAAUAGACAAGAGCAUAAAGUCUAUAAAAAAGUAUUUUAGCCAAAAGAUCUGCAAUUUUUGAAACAAGUCUUUUAGAUAAAUCUUAACAAUAAAACCAAACAUUUGAAUACUCCAGAUAUCAUUCUUUAAAAUAUGAUAAUGAAAAUAAUCAAUGA